AUGCCCUUCAUCCAGCGCUCACAAUCCAGAGCGCCUCUUGGCUAUACAACUCCUCCCUUCCCCUCCCUCUACUGGCCGCUCCCGCGAAAUACAGCACGGUCUUUCUACCUUUACAAUCCAGACGAUAUCCUGCGCUUCACCAUAUUUUGGACGCUGCUCCUUGUUGGCGGCAUACACCUCAUUACUGCGCUAUGGGCGUGCAUAAUACAGUGGCGGAACUGGAAGCUAGUAUGGAUUGCGCCGGUCAUGUUUGUCCUGGUGGGUGGGAUUGAGGCGCUCAUUUCCGGGACGAUUAUUGGGGGCCUGCUUGGGGGAGUCUAUCAAACGGGUUAUUUUGAGAUGUCUACAUGGAUACCGUUUGUCUGGGCUGUCAUCAUCACUCUAGUAUUGAUACUUUCAUCCUUCGCCAUCUACGGAGGGCUAUGA